AUGGGGUGUGAGGUGCAUCAAAAGCCCUAUAAUAGCGGCCUCUGCCAACACCAAAAAGCAAUCGCCCCGCAUCGUCAUCUCAAUUUCUCGAGCUUCCUCGUGCCGACCACAGCGUGUCAAACAGCCAUCAUGUCUAGCCAAAAACAGAUUGACCCUAAGAAGCAGCAGGAGCUUCAGUACCAAUACACCAACUUCAAGAACACCCUUCAGCAAUUAGCACAAAAGAUCGGUGAUAUUGAGCAGGAGGCAGAAGAACACAAACUUGUGAUUGAAACCCUCGACCCUCUCGACGCAGACCGCAAAUGUUUCCGCAUGGUGAAUGGCGUUUUAGUUGAGCGCACUGUCAAAGAUGUUCUUCCUACCCUCAAGACCAACUCGGAUGGGUUGAAGCAAGUAUUGGAAGAUAUGCUCAAGCAGUAUAAGUCAAAGCAGGGUGAGCUGGAUACCUGGAAGAAGAAGAACAACAUCCAGGUUGUGCAACCUUAGUGGCAUUCCUUUUCUCUGUAUUCCUUCAAUUUACGUGUUCCCGGGUGGUGCUAUCUGAGUG